AGUUCCGCCUUCCAACUGAAGCAUCGCCUCCUCUGCCUGAUGACCUUCAAACUGACAUGCCGCCACUUCCUGGUUCUCCGGCAGCUUUUGGCCUUCAAACUCAGACUUGAGGAACAUCAGCUCUCCAGAUUGUGGACUUGUCAACCUCCUCCAGGGUCCUUCUUGCAAGGGGAAACUUUGACUCUGAAUUGGAAACAUCCCACUGACCAGAAUGAAGAGGAAAUCCCAGGACUGCAAGUCCAGAUUGCCAGACAACUCUGCGGUGAAGCAGCAGCAGUUGCCUGCCUUCCGGCUCCAGCUCUCAGCCAACGAGAUCCUCUCUGGCUUUUUUGCCACAGGGGUCUUCUGCCUUGGCAUGGGCGUCAUCCUUCUGUUGUCUGCAAAGAGCAUCAGAGAAAUAGAGAUUAAUUAUACAGAAAAAUGUGCAAGUUGUGCAAAACUGCGAGAAGAUGCCACUAAUUUUGACAAAGAAUGCAACUGCUCUAUUUCCUUUUACCUUCCACAGAAAAUGGAGGGUAAUGUUUAUCUGUACUAUAAAUUGUAUGGCUUCUAUCAGAACCUCUAUCGGUAUAUUCUGUCCAGAAGUAAUAUCCAGCUGUUGGGUACGGAUGUAAAGGAUGUUAGAAACUGUGCUCCGUUCAAAACCUCUGACAAAGGGCUCCCCAUCGCUCCGUGCGGUGCAAUUGCCAACAGCCUGUUCAAUGACACCUUCAUUCUUCUGUACAACCCUGAUUCAUCUACACAGAUCGAAGUUCCAAUGAUGAGGACUGCGACUGCAUGGUGGACAGACAAGUACGUCAAGUUUCAGAACCCAACUUACCAAAAUCUUUCUCAUGCAUUUGAAGGAACUGCAAAGCCUCCGAACUGGCCUAAGCCUGUCUAUGAACUAGAUGAAGAGGACCCAAGGAACAACGGCUUCAUCAAUGAUGACUUCAUCGUGUGGAUGCGGACAGCCGCCUUUCCCACUUUCAAGAAACUGCACCGCCGACUCCAUCGAAUAGACAAUUUUACCGAAGGCUUACCUGCUGGUAGCUAUAGUUUCAUCAUAAACUACAACUUUCCCGUAAGCAGGUUCCAAGGACAAAAAGCACUUGUUCUCUCCACCCUGACGUGGAGUGGAGGCAGCAGCCUUUUCUUAGGCCUCGCCUAUCUGGUGACAGGAGCUGUGACUUUGUUGGCCUUCUUUUCCAUGAUGGCAGUUCACCUGAAGCUGAAAGAAAGGAAAACGUUCUUCCUCCAGUAGUAAAGUCAAGCAUUAAAAAGAAAAACAGAAAAUACAGAAAUGGACAGUGAAGUAAUGGAGCCAAAGAUCUCAAAAUGGGGUCUUCUACCAAGGGGAGCUGGACUCACUGACCAAGUACUCUUCCAGAGACAUACGUAAUAAGAGUUUCAAAGUAAAGAAAAAGAAGAGAAGGAGGCAUAAUUAGGUAUAGUAAAAUGUCCUUGGGAUGGGGAGGCUAAAUCAUCCUUGAGUUCUAAA